CCGUUGAAAAAAAGGAUGUCCCUAAGGAAAUUGAACAAAGAAGGUUGAAUCUGAAAGAAAUGCAAGCAAAGCAGUACCCAUUCCUUGAUUCAGAUGUCUCUGGCAUAUUUGACGAUCUUAUGGAAGCAAAACUCAUUGAGUUACCUGAGAUGAAGCGUCCUGAAGAAGCUGGCAGGGUGAACGGCCCAAAAUAUUGCAAAUACCACCGUCUUGUAGGGCAUCCAAUUCAUGAUUGCUUCGUAUUCAAGGACAAGGUUAUGCAGCUAACACGCCAAGAAAAAAUCUCACUGGAAGAAAGCAGUGCAACUGCUAAUCAUAUAAGUGAAGCUUGCAAUAUGACAAAUGAGCACGAAGCUCUGCUAGAAGAAAACAAUUUGCCUGAGGUUGAAAAUCGCCAUGUUGAUAAUGAUUCCAUGAUGGUCUUUACUGAUGAAGAUCUGCUGCUUGGUUCUAAGCCUCACAACAGACCCUUGUUCGUGGCCGGAUAUGUGCAAGAGCAAAAGAUUAAUCGAAUAUUGAUUGAUGGAGGAUCAGCAGUCAACAUCUUGCCUCUUCACACGCUGAAAGAGUUAGGAAUGACUACGGAAGAACUUGGUAAUAGUCGACUGAUGAUUCAAGGCUUUAACCAAGGGGGGCAAAGAGCUCUUGGCAUCAUAAGGUUGAGGUUGCUGAUGGAGGAUAUGGAAUCAACUACUAUGUUUCAUGUCAUCGAUGCAAAAACUUCUUACAAUAUGCUUCUUGGUCGUCCAUGGCUUCAUGAGAAUGGUGUGGUUCCAUCCACAUGGCAUCAAUGCUUCAAAUAUUGCAAAAAUGGCGUUGUGAAGACUGUGCUUGGUGAUGAUAAACCUUUUACGGAGACUGAAACUCAUUUCGCUGAUGCCAAAUACUAUUUCAAUGAUGCAAAACCAGUUGAGAAA